AUCUUUACUACAUCCACCAGUCUGGUGGACAGUGUCGACAAGAAGCUGCUGGUCGUGCUCAGGGACGGGCGAAAGCUCAUUGGGAUCCUGCGCUCCUUUGAUCAAUUCGCAAAUCUGGUUUUACAGGACACAAUCGAGAGGAUAUAUGUCGGCGAUACCUAUGGCGAUAUUCCCCGAGGAAUCUUUAUCAUCCGUGGCGAGAACGUUGUUCUUCUGGGCGAAAUUGAUGAGGACAAGGAGGACGAGUUGCCAUUACGUGAGGUGCCUGUGGAGGAAGUUCUUCAGAUCCAGCGCGAGGAAAUGGAGGCCAAGGUCAAACGGGAAAAGACAAAGCAUAGACUG